AACUCAUAGCACAGAGACUCACUGAGUCAGCAGCAGGCAAAUCCGAUCCAAUGUGGGUUCUUUAACGCCUCUUUUUCUGAGAUACAUAUAAAACAGCAAAGUCCGAAAAGCCAUGUCUCGGAGGCCAGUGAAUGUGAAUUUGAACCCGUCUCGGCGAUUUGGGGACAAUGGAGGCUCUUUACUCUCAGGCUCUGCCUAUUCUAAGUCGAGGUCUUCUCCGAUCUUAUCAGUCGCACUUAUCGCCGUGGGAGCAUUGCUUCUUCUUGCCUAUUCAUACAACGGCGGCAGAGGUGGAGGUGGUAGCAUCGUUAAAGGGGUUGUUAGCAGGGUUGAAGGUGAUUACUCAUGCACAGCGGAGGUCCAACGAGCAAUUCCUGUUUUGAAGAAAGCAUAUGGUGACAGCAUGCAUAAGGUUUUGCACGUUGGCCCUGAUACUUGUGCAGUGGUUUCUACAUUGCUGAGUGAGGAAGAAACUGAAGCAUGGGGUGUGGAACCUUAUGAUGUAGAGGAUGCUGGUAGAAGCUGUAAAGCUCUUGUGCGCAAAGACAUAGUUCGUGUUGUUGAUAUCAAGCAUCCGCUUCCAUACAGGGAAAAGUCGUUUUCUAUUGUACUUGUUUCAGAUGCGUUGGAUUAUUUGUCGGAUAAAUACCUCAACAAGACCCUCCCGGAUCUGGCAAGGGUAUCAGUUGAUGGUCUUGUGGUCUUUACUGGCUAUCCUCGUAAGCAGAGAGCUAAAGCUGCUGAGGUCUCCAAAUUUGGGAAGGCGGCUAAAUUGAGGAGCACAUCCUGGUGGUCUAAGUAUUUUGGUCAGAUUAGUUUAGAAGAGAACGAAGAUGCCGCCAUGAAGUUUAAACUGGCCGCAACAAAGAUGUCAUAUGUCUCAAGCUGCCAAGUUUUUCACCUCAAGUCAUUCAAUUGACAUCUUGACAUAUAUCUUGAAGCUGCUCGGUACAGUAACAUAAACUUUUUUAGGAAUCUUUACCCCUAUCCGUCUAACCUUAUUUUUUCAUGUGUUUAUUCUUUCAUUGAAUUUGUUUUGGGAAGUGAAGCCUGAAUUAGUGCUCAGAUGUGUCGGCUAAAUUAGUUUUUCUUGAGCGAAUUCUUUGAUGUGGAGGUUUGCGGGUUCUUAUUUCCUCCCCAGUUUUUUCAAUAUGAAUUGAAUUUAGGAUUUCAUCUAUUCUGAAUUGUCAAA